AUGCCCGCGGCGCCCGCUGCCGGCCCCGCGCCUGUGGCCGCGGCCACGCUGGUGGGCCUGGUUUCGGCACCGCCCGUCCAGUUGGAGUCGAUGGAGGAGAUCGCGGAGCAGAUCAGGCGCUGCGAGGAGGUUGCGAAGUUCCUCCGCGAGCAGACGGACUUCUGGAUGGAGCAGGUGCGCCACAUCCAGCGCAGCCACCUCCACCCCGCGGCCGCCGGCGCGGCCGCUGGCUUGGCGUCCCCGCCAUGGGCGCCCGAGACCCCCGCCCCGCGCGGCCCCACGGUGGACUCCGAGGGGCAGCCCGCGGCGGCGCCCAGCGGCGCCGAGCCCGGGAGCGCGGAGGCCUGCAGGUCCUCGGGCUCUCCGGGGAGCCCGUCGGACCAGAUGGCGGAGCUGAGGCGCCUGCAGGAGGAGGCGUGGUUCAGGAAGCGUCGGAGCGCCGCCGCCGGCGCCGGCGACGCGGGCGAGGGCUGA